AUGAACAAGGACAACAAUGUGGUUGCUGAGAAAAUAUUGAAUCUUACCUUGGAGAUCAUCUACCUGCUGACUGGAGAGGUGAGGGAUUCUGGGUAAUGUCAGUAUGGAGAUCAUCUACCUGCUGACUGGAGAGGUGAGGGAUUCUGGGUAAUGUCAGUAAGGAGAUCAUCUACCUGCUGGCUGGAGAGGUGAGGGAUUCUGGGUAAUGUCAUUAUGGAGAUCAUCUACCUGCUGACUGGAGAGGUGAGGGAUUCUGGGUAAUGUCACCAUGGAAAUCAUCUACCUGCUGACUGGAGAGGUGAGGGAUUCUGGGUAAUGUCAGUAUGGAGAUCAUCUACCUGCUGACUGGAGAGGUGAGGGAUUCUGGGUAAUGUCAUUAUGGAGAUCAUCUACCUGCUGACUGGAGAGGUGAGGGAUUCUGGGUAAUGUCACCAUGGAGAUCAUCUACCUGCUGACCGGAGAGGUGAGGGAUUCUGGGUAAUGUCAUUAUGGAGAUCAUCUACCUGCUGACUGGAGAGGUGAGGGAUUCUGGGUAAUGUCACCAUGGAGAUCAUCUACCUGCUGACUGGAGAGGUGAGGGAUUCUGGGUAAUGUCACCAUGGAGAUCAUCUACCCGCUGGCUGGAGAGGUGAGGGAUUCUGGGUAAUGUCAGUAUGGAGAUCAUCUACCUGCUGGGAGAGGUGAGGGAUUCUGGGUAAUGUCACCAUGGAGAUCAUCUACCUGCUGACUGGAGAGGUGAGGGAUUCUGGGUAAUGUCAUUAUGGAGAUCGUCUACCUGCUGACUGGAGAGGUGGAGGACUGGGCAUGUCACAUGGAGACUACCACCAAGCUGACUGAGAGGUGAGGGAUUCUGGCAGUCACAUGGGAGAUCAUCCACCUGCUGACUGAGGUGAGGGAUUCUGCACGUCACAUGGAGAUCAUCUACCUGCUGGCUGGAGAGGGGUGAGGGACCUGUGGUAAUGCCGUCUGGAGAUCAUCUACCCGCUGGGCUGGAGAGGUGAGGAUCUGCAAUGUCACAUGGGAGAUCAUCUGCCCGCUGACCGGGAGAGGUGAGGGAUUCUGGGUAAUGUCACCAUGGAGAUCAUCUACCUGCUGACUGGGGAGGUGAGGGAUUCUGGGUAAUGUCAUUAUGGAGAUCAUCUACCUGCUGACUGGAGAGGUGAGGGAUUCUGGGUAAUGUCACCAUGGAGAUCAUCUACCUGCUGACUGGAGAGGUGAGGGAUUCUGGGUAAUGUCAGUAUGGAGAUCAUCUACCCGCUGACUGGAGAGGUGAGGGAUUCUGGGUAAUGUCAUUAUGGAGAUCAUCUACCCGCUGACUGGAGAGGUGAGGGAUUCUGGGUAAUGUCAUUAUGGAGAUCAUCUACCCGCUGACUGGAGAGGUGAGGGAUUCUGGGUAAUGUCAUUAUGGAGAUCAUCUACCUGCUGGCUGGAGAGGUGAGGGAUUCUGGGUAAUGUCAGUAUGGAGAUCAUCUACCUGCUGGCUGGAGAGGUGAGGGAUUCUGGGUAAUGUCAUUAUGGAGAUCAUCUACCUGCUGACUGGAGAGGUGAGGGAUUCUGGGUAAUGUCAGUAUGGAGAUCAUCUACCUGCUGACUGGAGAGGUGAGGGAUUCUGGGUAACGUCAGUAUGGAGAUCAUCUACCUGCUGACUGGAGAGGUGAGGGAUUCUGGGUACGUCAUUAUGGAGACCACCACCCGCUGACUGGAGGUGAGGAUUCUGGGUAAUGUCACCAUGGAGAUCAUCUACCUGCUGACUGGAGAGGUGAGGGAUUCUGGGUAAUGUCAUUAUGGAGAUCAUCUACCUGCUGACUGGAGAGGUGAGGGAUUCUGGGUAAUGUCACUAUGGAGAUCAUCUACCUGCUGGCUGGAGAGGUGAGGGAUUCUGGGUAAUGUCAUUAUGGAGAUCAUCUGCCUGCUGACUGGAGAGGUGAGGGAUUCUGGGUAAUGUCACCAUGGAGAUCAUCUACCUGCUGACUGGAGAGGUGAGGGAUUCUGGGUAAUGUCAUUAUGGAGAUCAUCUACCCGCUGACUGGAGAGGUGAGGGAUUCUGGGUAAUGUCAUUAUGGAGAUCAUCUACCCGCUGACUGGAGAGGUGAGGGAUUCUGGGUAAUGUCAGUAUGGAGAUCAUCUACCUGCUGACUGGAGAGGUGAGGGAUUCUGGGUAAUGUCAGUAUGGAGAUCAUCUACCUGCUGACUGGAGAGGUGAGGGAUUCUGGGUAAUGUCAAUAUGGAGAUCAUCUACCUGCUGACUGGAGAGGUGAGGGAUUCUGGGUAAUGUCACCAUGGAGAUCAUCUACCUGCUGCCUGGAGAGGUGAGGGAUUCUGGGUAAUGUCAGUAUGGAGAUCAUCUACCUGCUGACUGGAGAGGUGAGGGAUUCUGGGUAAUGUCACCAUGGAGAUCAUCUACCUGCUGACUGGAGAGGUGAGGGAUUCUGGGUAAUGUCAUUAUGGAGAUCAUCUACCUGCUGACUGGAGAGGUGAGGGAUUCUGGGUAAUGUCAGUAUGGAGAUCAUCUACCUGCUGACUGGAGAGGUGAGGGAUUCUGGGUAAUGUCAGUAUGGAGAUCAUCUACCUGCUGACUGGAGAGGUGAGGGAUUCUGGGUAAUGUCAUUAUGGAGAUCAUCUGCCUGCUGACUGGAGAGGUGAGGGAUUCUGGGUAAUGUCAUUAUGGAGAUCAUCUACCUGCUGACUGGAGAGGUAAAUUGUUCUGGGAAACUUGCAGUGCCACAUUCAGCUGUUAAAAAGUAGACUUUUAACUUUUAUUGUAUCCUGCAACUUUGGGCUUUUUUUUUGUACAUUUUGAACUAUGAGACUAUGGAUUGAUAGGUGCAUAGAGGACAUGAGGAACAAUGUGUGUACUUCUAUCCCUUUCAAUAUUUAGGAUCAUAUGGUUGUGAAGAAGACCUGUGACAGUAUCUCACCUAGCAGCAGCCUCUGUAUACCAAAAGGACUUUGCAGGACCCGGAGCCCCAACACGGUGCCUCCACCUCGCUCCCUGAUCCAUGAGAGAAACAAUGAUCAGAAGAUCCUGGAACUGACCAAUCAGAUCAUUGAGCUGCUGACUGGAGAGGUGAGGCUGCAGGGAAUGGGACAUUAUACAGUAAAAUUAAGGGAUGUGUCUGGAUUGUGACUGUAUCAUUGUGUGUAUCAGGUUCCUAUACGGUGUGAGGAUGUCACUGUCUAUUUCUCAAUGGAGGAGUGGGAUUAUAUUGAAGGACACAAUGAUCUCUACAAAGACUUGAUAAUGGAGAACCACCAGGCCCUCAUCUCACUGGGUAAGAGGACUUCCAGCUCCAUACUCCAUGCUAAUGAAAGGAUUGUAAACUCAUAAUGAUGGUACAGAGAAUCUAAUGAAAUAAAUAGCACAACGUUGGUAGUUGCAGAAAAAGCUUGGCAUUCCAUGCAGGAGUACUGCCUGUAGUAACAUGCCAAUACCAUUUGUAGUGGUUACGAUGCUAGCAUGCUCUUGGUGCCAUCACCUAUAAUGUGGCAAAUAGUUUUCAAGUGGUUUGACAGUAAUCGAAAAUUCUGGUAAAGGAGUUUAGAAUUGAGAAAUGUGUCCACAAGCUAAUCACGUGUAAAUAAUUAGUGUCCUUACUUUAUAGUGAUAGACUUGGUGGCACUGGUGCUGUUUGGCUUAUUUGCCUCUGGUCGUCAGUUGUUGCUUGCACUGGCUCUUCUGCCUGGUUUUCUAUUGGGAUUAGGUAAUUUUGCUGACUGCUUACCUAUUAAUUCUGUAUUAUUUUUCUUCAACUCCCUUGGUCAUUGACCAUAUCUUUUUAUAUCUGUGCAGUUGGCUUUUUAAUUCUUCUUAACCACAAUCAUUUAUUUGUAGUUUUAAUUUGGCAGUGCUCACAGCUUGACUAUCAAGAAAACUUGGGCACUUUCUUCCCUUUCUGGUAUAUAAUGGCCAUCUUCACCAAAUCCCAUCUUCUCAUGUCUUCUUUGCAGACAGGAUGCGUAGUCCUUCUGUAGGUUUGUCUGGAAGUUCUGAGGUGCAUCAGAAAGAUUUUGGCAUGUACUGCAUAUGCUCCCUCCACUAACACUAGGUGUAGCACAUGCCAAAGGUGUUUGCCUUUUACCAGGAUGCUAGAAGAUGCCGAUCCAGAUCGUAGAGACAUCAGAAGAGGCAGAGUUAUAAGUGGGUCACUCUCUCAGGUUUUGUUGCAAUCUGUGGCCAUUCUCUGGUACUACUGCCUAUAUACUAGGAAAAGAUUUUUGGUGCAAGAAUUUCUGGCAGCUAUUUAAAGGGACACUAUAGUCACCCAGACCACUUCAGCUCAGUGAAGUGGUCUGGGUGCCAGGUCCCUCAGGUUUUAACCCUUUGGAUGCAGUUUCCAAAAAGCUGCCAUGUUUACAUUGCAGGGUUAAUCCAGCCUCUAGUGGCUGUCUCCCGGACAGCCGCUGGAGGCAGAUUAUGCCUCCAUCACGCAGAGCGUCCAUAGCAAAGCAUUAAGAAAACUUUGAAUGCGCGUGCUGCGCUGCCGUGCAUGUGCAUUUGGCUCCGCUGACGUCGGCGGGGGAGCCCGGCGCUGGAUUAGGGUAAGUAACUGUGUUUUGGAUCAAAUUCAAAUGUUUGACUAUUUGUCUAUCUACUCCUUUCCAAAUUGAUUGAUUAAUUGCGUGCACGCUUCCUUAGAGUAAUUCACACCGGACACAAGUUGCUGGUCAAUGAAAGACUAUAGGAAUGCCUUAUUCCAAGGGGUGGGACCCCCUUUUAAAGCAGAAAUACGUCGUGUACAGAGUCACAGUUAACAUAAAGAAUACAUUCAACAAUUGGUUAACAGUCUAAGGGGUCUUGUCUAAACCCCCCCUACUGGGCGUGACCCUAACAUCAUCACAUGACAUUCCUUUGUUUACCAGCCCCAUUCCAGCUCCAUUUUACUACACGUGGCCUGUUCCGAUACUUGAACAAAGGAAGCGGGGGAGGGGUUAGUAAGGGAGCAGGUUCUCCAUUUUGUUACACAAGGCUUUGCUUAAUAGGAAGGGGGGGGGUAGUGAGAGGGGUUUACAGAGGAAAUGGUUAUUGUGCACACAGUGAGGGGGAAGGGAAGCUUUUUACUGAAUAGGAACACGUGGAGAAAUAUAAACAUUUUAUCCAUUCAACUAUUUUGUCCAUAACAACUGAAGGAGUAUUAACCCCUUCAGUGCCACGGGAGGGGGACUGCUUUGUUUUCCUGACACUGUAGUGAUCCUUUAAAGUCUUCUCAAUAUCCUAACUGCAAUAGAGCUAGUAAGUAUACGGUUUGCUCCACUCCUGUCCAUUUGUGCACAGGAAGACCUUCCAAAUCGAAUGUCUAUUGCUUAGAAAGCUUUUCAUCAUCAAUAUAAUUUCUUCAAUGGGAGAUGGUGGGGUUAUUUUUUUGUCUUUUAAAUCUGUAGCUGUCCAAUUCAGCAAUGUCCCCUCGAACUAUGCACCUGGAGUACUUCUUUUCCAGAGGACAGUAAGAAAUAUUGCUGCCGAGCCUGUACCAGGGAAACUGCCUAGGGAGAGGAAUCUUUGCCUUUUUGUAUUUGUUUCAAAUCAGUCUUAAGCAAUCCUUCUUGAAAGUUAAGAAUGCAGCCAUUCAAUCUGCUUGGUAUUCCGAUGUCUUUUCAAUAUCUUAGCCAUCCAGUAAUGAGGUAGGAAAAGCCACGAGUGUAUGAGCUUUCGUCAAGUGAAUUCCUUUUAUAUCCAUCCCCUUUCUCAAAUAAUUCAUCUGACAAAACCUCUGGCUUUUGCAGAAUCCCAGACUGAUCAGGGGUAGUAUACAGGUUAUUGGAGGAAGUUCAAUGCCUUGCAUUGUCUGUUUGAAUUUUAUGCAGUUGAUUUAAAGAGAAUGGAAAACAUCCUAUCUAGAAUGCAGAUUUGUAAGGAUUGAGGAUCCUGCCUAAAGUAGAUAUGACUGUAGCUUAGCAAUCGAAGAAUAGUGCUUUCCCCUUGGAGAUACAGUGAGUUCAGAGGAACCUAUAGACAAGAACGUGGAAAUAUAAUUUUGAAGAAUGUUGCAGGAGCAUCUGUAGUGACACAUAAAAAUGUUUGACUGCUGAAGAUGGCCAUUGGGAGAUGCCCACUCUGACAUUCCUUCCAUGCCAAAACCUCCAUCAGGGCUAUUCCGAUCGCAUUGACAAUACGCUAUUAAACGGUUACUUCAAUUAACAUGACCACUUAGUCUUUUUGAAGUGGUCAUGGAGGACAGAAUCUGGCUGUGCAGUGCUUCUUUUUGAAAUGCUGUACAUACAGAGAUAUUUGCACUUUUUUUGUGCCAGGGCUAGCUGCACCUUUGUUGUGGGCUGCCACAGUACGCUGGCGACAGACAGGGUCAGCUUCUACCUUUGCAGGCAGUGCAGGUGGCGUGCUUGAAAGGGGAAGUCCCAGUGUUGCCUACCUUCCUUGGUGCGCUCCUACCCUGCAUUUUCUGAAAUUUGAUUUUUUUUAUUUUUUUUUUUUUUUAUUUAUUUGUGUUAAACAUUGAAAACGCACCCAACGUGCGUGCGCAGGCAUUCUGAGCCUGGAAGAUUGGUCUUCUCAAAUAUUUCUCUAUAAGAAGCAUUCCAUUGCACCUCAAUAGUGACAUGCUGUGACAACAACAGAGGUGGGGAACUAGUGAGGAUUCCAGGUAAGCUGUGGGGUUUUUGAUUGUGUCCAGUUUUUUUUUUUUUUUUUUUUUAUUCAUAAAAUAAAAAAUGGGUGUAGAAAAAUAGUUUCAAGUAGGACAUUAAAAAGCAGGAAAUUGCGGCCUUCCUUUUGUAAUCAUCUGUAUUCAGAUUUGAGAAAAACAUUUCAUCAGCUGGAUGUCCACGUUUCAGUGCUGCUGUAUGAAGUUAACCGGGUCCUGCAAUUUGUCCAUUAUCACAGUGCAGCUGACUGAAAGGCAGCCUCAAAAUAGUGAUCGGCUAGAUGUCAAAGAACCUAGCUUACUCCGAUGUAAGAAGUAAAUAAGCUCCUAAAGAGGAAGUUACUCCUUGUUUCAAAAAGGCUCCUCCUAUUAAGGCUCAUGACACCAAAGUCAUGACAUAAUAUUGGAUUAUAGAGCUCUGCACCACUUCAGUACAGAUUUGGUUAGGCUUUGAAAAAGGAGUAUUCGAGCAGGAGAUAUGGUGGACUGUGAUUUAGUGACCAUUGGGGAUCCUGUGUGGUGAUCUUACUAUUUCUCAAAUGUGCAUAUGCUAUGACUUAAGCAAAAGUACCUUUUAUCAAUGAAAAGUACAAUGAAAAGUAUCUUUUAUCCUGAGUGUUUUUGAGACGGUUUUAAUUUUUAUAUAAUUUCUUGCCAAAAAAAUCUGCUUGUUUGUGAGCGGGUGGAGACACCGAUUAUAUUCCAAGAAGGUGGAGGACCAGAAGGCUCACCCAAGUUGUUUGUUUAUUUUAUAAAAAUUUUUAUUUUAGUAAUGCAUUGUAUGUCAAACCGAAAUAUGGAGACAUUUUCAAGUAGUAUCGAAAAUUCACAGGUAUAAAGUCAGAAAGAAACGUCAUAAUACUGCACUAUUUGUUUAAGAAGUGAAGAACAAGAGAGAAUAUGUUCACAUUAUUUGUUACUGCUAAUUUUAUGCUUGUUCGUUUUUAAGUCUUUUCAAUAAAUGUUCAAUGUGUUUUUUAGACUUUUAGCCAGAUUUGACUUGUUUUAUUUGCAUUGCCCACAAUCUGUCAUUUGCCUUUUUUGUCUUUCUUUUUUCUCCCUGGAUAUUUGCUCCUGGUACCACAUAUGAUCUUUGCCUUGUGACUAUAGUUCUUCGUUUGGGAGGUUUUUGGUUGCCUUUUUAUACCAGUUUUUAGAGAAAUAUUUAGUAGAUAAUUCUGUAACCGAGGAAACUUGCAGAAGCUAGACACAGAUGAGAGAUGGUUCCAGGUCUUCAGGAAGUUCUUUAUUAACAUACCGAUCGGGUCUCAGAUGAACUAACGUUCCAAAACAGGUCUGAGGGCCGAACACAUGGAGUACAUGCUUUUUAUAGAACUAUAACUCCUCCCAUUAAUAUCUCCACCCGCACAUACCCUUAACCAAUCGGUGGACAGGAUCUGGAUUUCCUUAUAUGGGCAGACCACAUGGCUCAUCCGAAACAAAGGAGAAAAGAAUGUGAUUUCAGUUCCUGCAUUCCUGCACAUACUACGUGUAACUAACUGAUACAACAUACACAUGUACUUACAUAUGCCACGUGGAAAUCUCUGCCUACUAAAUUUACAUUUCACUGAAAUUCCAUCACAAUCCCCCCUUUGAUGCCUCUGAUACAAAAUUAUUCCAAAUGCAUCACCAAUCAUAGUUUACCAACACCUCUCAAGUAGCCAUGGACCAGAACAGACCUUGUAAGCAUCUUAGCAUCAUCACCAACUCCUUCAGCAUUCCUCAUCCUGAAUAUGUUCUCUUUGGGUUAGGGAUUCAUAUCUAUAGACAGCCAUUACAUGAGCAGAUGUCUUUCUAUAGUACUCUCUAUGAUACUACGGAUAGAUCUGAACACUAAUGGAAUUAGGCAGGGCAGAAAGAGACAUAAGAAUAUAAUGAAUAUCACUCCACCUACUAACGCCUUGAUCCCUCCAAGCUGCUCAUACCAACUUCCAAACCAACUACUAGGAUUAUACCCAUUCCAGGCCUGAGUAGGUACAUGCGUCAGUUUUACCAUGUGGCUUGUAAAUUCAGCCACUGCCCGCCCUUCAUCAUCUAUGUGCAAACUUUCCGCAUACACCUCCCUCUACUGCUAAUAAGUAGUCCAGAGCUAAUCUAUUUUGAUAGAUGGCUGAUCUCAUCCGAGUAUUUUGCUUAGUUAGAUUAAGUGCUUGCGCUGUUUCAUUGAUGAUAAUCUCAACCACUGCCUGUAGUCUUAUAAUACGGUUAAGCAUAUAUAUUAGGGUUCUCUAUCCAUAGGUACCAUCUUCUGCCCAAGUAGCAGGUCCAUAAUAAUUAAUGUUAAGACACCCCAGGUGUCUUUAAACAAAACCGCCGUUUAGUCAACCUUCCCCUUCUGCAAUACCAAUAAUCUCCGUUCGCAUGAACUGCAGUGUACGAACCAAGCUCAGGGGAAGCGGCAAUCUCCAGACCGGGAUCCGUGAACGGCUCCAACCUCCCGAACGGAACUCCACGAACUGCUGCUAGCCGCCGAACAAUAACAUCCACCAAGCGGCUUUCGGUUCCAUCCAGCAGUCUCUAAAUGCAAAUAAUAAAUCCCCCCCCCAAUAAUGAGACAGAAGCUGCGCAUUGAGGGUCAAACAGGAUCUGGCUUUACUGUGGGCUACCUGCCCGUAUUUAUGCAGGUCUCCCACUUGGUGGACACUCCCCUAGGGGACAAAAUGGGAGACUUAAAUGACAGACAGACAUGGUGACAUUCCAGACAUACAGUCACAGCUUUUACCCACAAUACACUAUGGUUUCCUCCCCUCUGCCCUGGAGAUAUUUAAGAAGUAACUCAAUUAUCUCCAGGACAAAGACAGUCGCCAUUUUAAAUAUAAAACCAGAAAAUGCAUAAAAAUUCAUAACUUUACAAAAACCGAACAUUUCCCAUUCGCAUCACAUAUCCCCAGAUAGCCUGGAUCUGAGUGCAUAUUAUUAGCGAAUAGCGCUCAGAUCCCACACACAUAGUUCAAUCGCCAUGGAGUCAAAAUUCUUACAGUCUUUCGGUAUACGAAUGACUCCACGGGAAGGCUAUCUGGGUUUAGUCCUUUCCUAUGCUUCAAAACUCCCAAACGGCCGGUAUUCAUAUGCUUUCGUGGAGGCAGCCAGGCUUUCCGUUGUUUCAGCGGUGUUCGGCAGAAAAAGUGUCUGUUUUUAGUUCCAUGAAAAUAGAGCCGAACACCGCUGGGCUUUCGUGCGUUUUAAAAUGGCCGCUGCCUCGUGGUCGACAUACGAACGACGACCACCCUGAAUUCGGUUUAAUUGAGAAGUGUCUGCGGUUAACCACAACGUUCUAAUUGGGAUCAAUAGGUUAACCAGCAGCACACUUCUCUCCUGGGUGGCCAUCCGUUCGGUAGUUUUGUUCGGGAAAAACGGUCAUUCGUAUGGCUGGGCUAUAGAAAACAGCCAUUUACACGAACGGGGCAAAACAGACUAAUCCACCAGCAAUAAACAGACAGAUGGUUCUGUCAUAACUAAUAAUGCGUUGGGGAGGCCACUCGUCAUCUUCCAGCUACCUAUAUUCAAGGAUGCUCGCUUCUUUUUAUGAUUUACAUCAUAAACCUUAACUCCCAAGGUCUCUCCUGUCUCAAUUGGCAACAAGAAGAAGGAUGGUUUGAGCGUACCUAAUUUUAUAACAUGACAGGAGGCUUCAUAUUUGCUUAAGUCUCUCUUUACUAGAACUCCACAGCAGCAAAACACCAGAGAGUAAACAACCAAUCAGAAAACAGUAAGGAGACCAUAUAAGUCCCUUCCCAACAUUCCAUUUCCUCUUUCUUUGCUGCUUCGCAUCAGUACAGGUCAGAGUACCACUGCCUCCUGCUAUUAUUAGUGGGUGGCUUUGGGAUUUUAUAUUUUAUAUUUUAUAUGCCUUUUUGUUAUAUAUGUUUAUAUAUUUUGGCUCGGGACUGUUUUUACUGUAAGGGAUUCUUGUCUAACCCUUCUACCAGGGGUUAAUGUAGCCCUUUCUCUCCCCUUGUGGCUCUAUCCCUUCUCCCUGUCCCCUCCUCUAUUCCUCCGUUUCUUUCCCCCUGCGGGGAUUCUCUUUUAGCUCGGGGGCCUCGUGGGGCUGGCCGUUUGCCGCCUCCCCCGAACCUUCGGGACCGCGGAGUACGUCUCCAGCGGUCCCGUGUAAUUUUCACUCCCUCCGGUCGCGGGUUGCUCGCCUGCGAGUGCUCUACCCGCCGACCGGAGCUUUCCCCUCGUGGCCCCUGGUCGAGGCUAGAGCACCCACGGACCGCGUGUGUCCUCUGAGUGGAGGAGGGAGCACUACGCUCACGCUCCCUCCCCCACCCGUUUUUAGUGCAUUCUCUGUUCGGCAUUCUUCAGGGGGUUCCCCAGCCGUUUAGUCCACAGUCUGGGAACUCCCCCUCUCCCCCCCUGCAGGAAGGCAUCUCAUUUAAAGGGCUAGGGGUUUAGCCUCAGCCUCCCCUUCCUCCUCUUUAAUUAUCUCAGUUUUUCUCCCACAUCCUCUGCCCUGGCUAGGGUUUGUGUAUCUGGUACCCCAGUUUCAGAUGUCAUACUGGGUUAGAGUUGUGGAGGGGUUUUUUUUCACUGUAUUUAAUGCCUGCAUUUACAUUUUACAUUUGGUUCUUCUGACCCCAUUUGCCCAUCUGUAUACCCGCCAUCAAAUGACCCUUAUGCUCUGAGUGUCUGGCCUGCUUUGUCUGUGCCCAUAAGAUUGGCCUGCCUGGCCUGUGCCCAUAAGAUUGAUUGGCCUCAUCUGUGCCCAUAUAUAUUUGGCGCCUAGAGCCCUUACGGCCGCUGGCCUAAUAUAUUAUGCUGGGGUUUUCUACUGGGGUCGUCUAUAACACUGGUGUCAGUCUACAUUACUCCCGUAUAUCUGGGUGACAUGUAUCAUUUCUACCCCCAGGAUCACACUGAGGUCAAGAUGGACGCUCCUACCCAAGAGAGCCUACAGGCUAUGAUCAACGUGCCCGUUGCCGCUUCAAUGGAGAAAGCGCUUUCACUGCCUAGAUCGUCCCAAGAUAGGGAUGUAUCGGAGGCUCAGCGCGUGCUGAUAGAAUCCGACCCCGGCUCUCCAGACAGAACAGACACGCCCCCCCCCCCCCAAACGCUACUGGAAGGGUGAAGGCCCGGAGCAGAGUUUCCGGAAGGGUAAGGCCCCUGCAAAAAGGCCUAAGCGGGCGACCGCCUCGCCUCCUACACACCCACGAUACCUCCCUGAAGAGGAGGAAGAGUUCACCCUGCCCGCACCCCUGUCUGUCCUGGACAAAUGGCGGGCAGAUCAAUCCCCCUCAGAGGACGAAGGGGGUUGGGGCAAGGAGGAUCCGGAGGAAUCCGCGUACCGGCAGGAUGCUGAUGAAGAUACCUUGCUAAAUCUACACCACUCCUUGGGGGAGGACAUUUUCCUGGACUCAUCAGGCGAGCCUUUAUUUGACCCACGCACCAUCCGGCACCCCAGGUCUCCUGAGUGGUCCCUACCUAACCACCUGGCCCAGUUCAUGCAUUAUUGGGUUCGCAGACCCCUCGAUUGGGCAGUGCGGAAUAGGCUCAGGGCUGAGUGCCCUAGACCCACAUUGCCGGAUAAGGUCGCUCUGACGCCCGAGUUCGACACAAUGGUCUCCACCUAUUUGACCCGUACCGGGCGCGACCCCAAGAAGGGGAUCGAGCGCAAUCUCUGCCUGGCACAAGAUAAGGUGCUUGACAUCUUAGGGCCGCUGACACAGAUCCUUACCUUGGCGGAUGAGGCUGUUUCCCAGGGCUCCCCCCUGGAUGCUGCAGCCGUAAGAGAUUGGGCUCUACGCUCCGUUUGCCUGCUGGGCAAUUCUAACAUAGCUUUGUGCACGGAGCAGAGGAGGGCGGUCCCUAUGCGCAUGGACGCCAAAUUAUCGGAGUUGGGUUCCAAGGAACUGGGACCGUUAGCCAAAGGGCUACUUUUUGGGGAACCCUUCAUCAAGGAGCUCCAAAGGCCUCUAUACCACUCUGAAUAAAGCCCAAUCUUUGAUGAGGAGGGUGUUCCGCACGAACACCUCGUGUUUUUGGCAGGGCUGGAAGGCAGCGGGGUCGUGCCUCCAGCCGUUUCUGGCCAUCAAGCCAACGAGGAUCCCAUCCACCAUCCUUCUUCCCCAGCUACCACUCUGGAUCCUUCAACUCCCAGAGGUCGUACCGUGGCAGAGGGAACCGGACACGCGGUAGAGGCAGAAUGCCCGCAGGUGAGACAAGUUACACCUCAUGUUUCCCCCAGUCUGUUGUAUGCUGGCAGGUUACGUUUUUGUCUCGACAGGUGGAGGGACAUCUCUUCGGAUGCUUGGAUACUCCAAACUGUCCGAGGUUACGUUAUAGCCUUCCAUUCACCCCCAAUUCAGGAGGUGGUUCCCUCGGCUCCAGUAUCGUCAAGGGCACUGCAAUUCCGGAUAGACACUGAAAUACAGGCCCUGUUCGACAAAGGGGCAGUGCAGUGGGUGCUGGACGUCGGGGGCUUCUUCAGCUCGAUUUUCCUAGUCAGGGAAAAGACAGGAGAUUUCCGGCCGGUCAUAAAUCUGAGGAACCUAAACGCCUUCGUUUCCUACCAACACUUCAAGAUGGAGGGCAUCCAUCUUUUAAGAGACUUACUUCACCCAGGAGAUUGGUUCACUCGUCUAGACCUGAAGGACGCAUACCUCUCCGUACUGGUGGAACCUGAUUGCCGACGAUUCUUGCGUUUCAUCUGGAAAGGGAGGCCAUGCCAAUUCACAUGCCUACACUUCGGCCUCAGCUUGGCACCUUGGUGUUUCACCAAACUGCUGAAACCAAUAACAGCAUGCCUGCGCUCCAGGGGCAUUCAGUGCUUGAUUUACCUGGACGAUCUGCUUCUCUUCUGUGAGGACUCCUCCAGACUGAAAUCUCAGACGCACUUCGCAGUCUCGUUGUUCGAAUCCCUGGGGUUUGUGGUCAACCGAGAGAAGUCUGCCCUCACACCGACGCAGGUAGUUCAAUUUUUGGGGUUCGAGAUAGAUGCGACCCAGUGUAUCCUACGUCUCCCUCAAGCAAAAAUCUCAACAAUUCGGAAAGAGAUCCGACGGAUUCUCCAUCAGGAGACGAUCCUACUCAGAGUCCUGGCACGGGUGGUAGGCCUAUUGUCCGCUUUGAUCCAGGCCAUUUACCCAGGUCCCCUUCACUACAGGGCCAUGCAACGCCUGAAGGCACGUUUCCUCCGCAGGAAACCCUCAUACGACCAGCUGAUCACCAACACACAGGAAGUAAUGACAGAACUUCAUUGGUGGCUGUUACAUAUGUCAGCCUGGAACAGCAAGGCGAUUUUUGGUCCGACCCCGGACUUUGUCCUGGAAUCGGAUGCAAGCCUAUGGGGCUGGGGAGCGACCUGCGCGACUGCCUCCACGGGAGGUCCCUGGUCGAGCACAGAAACAGGCUACCAUAUCAACUGUCUGGAAAUGAUUGUGGGCUCAUUCGCGAUACGGAGCGUGGCGGGUCAUCUGUUGGAUUGCUGCAUCCUGCUGAGAAUGGACAACGUGUCAGCAGUACAGUAUAUCAACCGCCUGGGAGGAGCACGCUCACGGGCACUGACAGAAGUGACGAAGGAGAUUUACAAUUUCUGCCUUCGGCGCAAUAUCACUCUACAAGCGGAAUAUCCAGGUGUAUCGAACCUGACGGCAGACUGGUUUUCCAGGCACUGGAGGGAUGCCAACAAUUGGCGUCUUCAUCGACCAGUAUUUCUCGAAGUGGCGCGACGCAGGGGCCCGUUAACGGUGGAUCUGUUCGCUUCCAGAACGAACUUCCAGAUCUCGAAUUACUUCAGCUGGCUCCCGGAUCCGAUGUGCGCGGCAGUGGAUGCUUUUCUUCAGGACUGGCCGGCACAGGGAGCCUAUGCAUUUCCACCGUUCACUAUGAUCUCCAGAAUCCUUCUCCAAGUACGACGUCAACGGACAUCGCUGGUGCUACUGACGCCCCUUUGGCAAGCCAGGCUUGGUUCCCAGAAGUGCUGGAGCUGUCAUAUCGAGACACACUCCAUCUCCCGUCUCUGCAAUUUCUCCUGUCGGAUUCUCAGGGCAACCAUCAUCACCUCGUGCUGGAGGGCCAUCUUCACUUGGUGGCUUGGACUCCUUUCAGGGGUACCUGGAAUGUUGAUGAGUUAUCGGGAACGGCUAGAAGCCUCCUCUGGGACUCAUGGGCCCCGGGAACGAGGAGAUGUUCUCUGUCCGCAUGGAACAUAUGGUGUCGUUGGUGCAUGGAACGGAGUAUCGAUCCCUUUACAGCACCUGUAUCCAGUGUACUGAAUUUCCUUUCCUACCUCUUCGACCAAGGGAGGUCAUAUCGCUCGGUUAACGUUGCCAGAUCGGCCAUUUCAGCGGCUCAUGUUCCUCUUCCUAGGACGCCCAUUGGUCAAGAUCCUUUUGGUUUGUAGACUGUUGCGAGGAAUCAGACUGUCACGUCCACCGACUCCUAAGUAUACAUCACUCUGGGAUGUGCACCGAGUUUUGGACUUCAUUCAGGCGUGGCCGGAGAAUCAGGACCUUUCUCUGACAGUUAUCGGCCAAGUUCACACUUCUCUUAUGUCUGGUAUCGUUUCAUCGGGUGUCCGACGUUCGGGCUUUUGAUGUUAACGCAUUCACCUUUUCCCCGGAUGGAGUGACCUUUGCGGUGUCAAGACGUACCAAAUCCGACUCCUCUGCCAUUUUCUACCCCUUUUUUCGAGAGGCUCCGAAGCUCUGUGGUUUCUGCUCUGUCUCGUUAUGUGGCUGUUACUACCCCACUUCGAAGUUCCCUAUCAAGACAACUGUUGAUAUCUUACGUACGACCGCAUAAACCGGUGUCUACCAUUAUCCUGGCUCGUUGGAUCAGAUGGCUCUUGUCGUUGGCCGGCCUGGUAGCAGGUACUGGUCUCGAGAAGACACAUUUCGACAGUUUUAUUUCAGGCCUACAGAACAUGCAGCCUUUGCCCUACUGGCUGAGCGUUAAAACUGCAAAUAUGAAGCCUCCUGUCAUGUUAUAAAAUUGUAGAUUAUGCUAGCUUUAGUGUACCUAUAAUCUUAAUUUUAUUAAUGACAGGAGGCGAAUAUUUCCCACCCUUUGUUUUUCCAGACCCUUGUGUGUUGUAUUAUCUGUCAGACUUAAUAUUAAAGAAUUAUAUUUCUGAUCAGUGUUCGUUGUGGUUAUUUCCUUUUAUACGUUUCCAAUUUUCUGCCUGGGCCCGGAUCUGUUCACUAUAAUUUUGCUCUGGGUGGCUGCAUGUUUUUAUACAUACCUUUCAUUGACUAAUCACGAUUUUCGAUUCUGUUUAUUUCGUUUCAGUGCAAAGGUCCGAGGAUGGACUCACAUCCAAGUUUCGACUCGGUUGAAGAUUCCUAGGAGAGUUGUUUUUUCUAUCAAGAGAUGGACUUUUUAUUGUUACGUUAUGUUGUUUUUCCUCGACUGUGUUUUGUUGUCGCAGCUUGAAAGAGGAAAUGGAAUGUUGGGAAGGGACUUAUAUGGUCUCCUUACUGUUUUCUGAUUGGUUGUUUACUCUCUGGUGGUUUGCUGCUGUGGAGUUCUAGUAAAGAGAGACUUAAGCAAAUAUUCGCCUCCUGUCGUUAAUAAAAUAAAGAUUAUAGGUACACUAAAGCUAGCAUAAUCUACAAUACACAUGCCCCUUCCCAAUCUUGUGGUAACUCUGAAUAUGCUUUCUUACCACAGAUCCAAUAUAAAUUUGCUAGGACCUUCCAAUUGGAUGUAGCAGAUCAGUCAAACCAUAUCUCUUUUAAAUGGGUGUAAUUGGCAAACGGAUUAGUUGGCUCUGAGACAUUUGAAGCUGACCACCAAGUAGUAUCUUUAGUAUCGGCAUUAUAGGCCUUCUGUCCUAGACAUGUUAACUCGCCAACAGGUGUGGUAUACAAUGGCCCUUUCCUGGCUAAACAUACAUGACCUAUAAUAGAGGUUUUUAACCGCCACUCUGAUUUACCUCUAGUACUUACUUGAUGAUCAGACUGAGAAAGUAUUUGUUGUUCAUCUGUCUCAGAGCCAGGGUACCAUACUUCCUUUGCCUCCCAUGGCCACUGGUCUUCCAUAUUAGUACCUGCACAUACAAAGCAAUUAGUUACAUUAAGACUACCCGCAAUACUGAAAAACCUGAUGAGUUUGAGUUGCUAUCGUCUCAGUUUCAAGUCCUACAUAUAUUAUGGUCCCUGGAUCUACUCCUGUGCCAUAUAUUUGGAAACCAAAUUUCCAAACUUAUCAAUAAAAUGUUGUGGAUUAGAGAUGGUCAUAUGGACAGGAUUACAUUCCAUAGACUUAGUGUGGUGUAGUGGGCAACCUUUGGAUAAUCAUAUCUUUAUCCACUGUUUUUCCCCAGGUCGCCCACCAUAAACAAGACCAAUAUGGACAAAAAUUAAAAUCCCUAUUUGGGCAAUAAGGAUCAGUAGAUCUUUUACUGGGACAUAAAUAUAUAUCAUUAAACUCAUACGUUCGUUCCCAUUUAAGAUUACCACAUACAUUCCAAGGUUUUCCACUACCCGAGAUCGCCUUACAUGCAUCAAAUAGUAGAAUGCCCGUAGAAUGUAUGGUAUUUAUCACAGUCCUAUUUAUCAAGGUCCCCUGGGAGUUACUGUUCUGAAUUACCAACCAAAUUGUACAGGGUUGGAAUUGGGGAUCAAAACAUUUAAGCUCUCCUGAUAUUGGUUUGCACACACUGUAAUCUAUAUCUAAAUAUCUACACUUAGAUACAGAUCCCCUACACUCAUACUGUGAGUGCCAAAUGAGAGUUUGGGAUAUUUGGUUACCUGUUUUCGUAGUCUUAAUGCAGCUAACACAACUCUGUAUGUCCUCACGUUCACCUUCCUGAAAAAUCACAAAAAUGCCUAAACACAUAAUAUAACAUUUUAUUCCAUAGAAUGUGAAGCAAAUCAUAAGUUGCUUGUUGGCAUAUCUCUUUGGUAACAGCUGCUAUCAAAAGAUCAUCCACUUAUUGAAGAAAUACAUAUUCUUCUGGGAUGGACUUGAAAUCUUGCAAAUCCUGGCUUAAUGCAGAUCCAAAUAGGGUAGAUGAAUUCUUGAACCCUUGAGGUAGUCUGGUCCAGGUCAUCUGGCGCUUUGAACCUGUAACAGCAUCUUCCCAUUGGAAAGCAAAGAUACACAGACUCUCAGCAGCAAUCCGAAGGCAAAAGAAAGCAUCCUUAAGGUCUAGAACUGUGAAGUAGGUUGCCCCACCUGGUAUCAAAGCAAGCAGAUUAUAGGGGUUGGGUGCAACUGGGUGUAUAUUGACUACUGCAUCAUUAACUGCUCUCAAAUCUUGUACAGGACGAUACUCAUCUGAUCCUGGUUUCUGAACAGGUAAUAAUGGAGUAUUCCAGGGGGGAAGUACAGAAUUUUAGGAUGUCAUACCUUAUAAACUUAUCCAAGUAGGUCUGUAUGUUUUUCUUAGCCUUUUGAGGUAUAUGAUACUGAUGUAGGCUCACAGGAUAGACCCCAAGCUUUAGUUCAAUAUGUAUAGGUGGAAUAUUACGAGCAAGCCCUGGUGGAUUAUUCUCUGCCCAUACUCCUGGAAUGUCAAAUAAAGGUUCAUCACUCUUAGGGUUUACACUUGUCAUUAUGGAGUACAAGCGCCAUUCUUCUUCCCUUGGCACCGAUACCGCCAUUAUGCCUGGUAAUCCAUUAAACCUCAGAGACGUUGAUCCAUUAGGUAGAAAAGUUAUCUGGGCUUGAAGCUUUGAUAAUAGAUCUCGUCCUAGAAGUUGAAUCGGACACUCUGGCAUAUAUAGGAACUGGUGCUUCACCAAAUGGCCUCCCAGAAUACAAGUGCGACUCUUAAGAACCGGUCUAGCUGCGCUUCUCCCAGUAGCUCCCAUCACAGUUAUAGUUUUUCCUGAAGGCGGAGCUACCAGUUUAGUCACCACAGAAUGUUCAGCACCAGUGUCAAUCAUGAAAGAACUUCUCUUUCCCCCUAUUGCUACAUCGACCAUAGGCUCCCCUCGGCCAAGGAGGAUGGAGCCCGGUCGGUAUCAAUAGUCUUCCAUGAUAGUGUCAGCCAGACCCACAAAAUCUCUAUCCUCUCUAUCUCUUGGUCUCUGAGUAGGUGGAUAAUAUCUAUCUCCUUGAACACUCCCUCUACUAUUCCCACCGUUCCCUCCAAAACUUCCUCUAUACCUACCACUAUAACCUCCCCGCACUCUUCUCUCUCCUUGUCUGUUAUUUUCAUAAUGCUCUCUCUGUGGACACUCAUUCUUCCAAUGUCCCUCCUCUCUACAAUACGCACAUUAAUUUCUACUUAACCCCUUAAGGACACAUAACAUGUCUGACAUGUCAUGAUUCCAUUUUAUUCCAGAAGUUAGGUCCUUAAGGGGUUAAAGGUCCCUUACUCAGCCUAUUCUCGACUCCUUUAUUCACCUCCCUUCCCUGUCUUUCUACACUUGUGAUAGCUACCCCUAGCAUAUCUGCCUUCUUCCUCAUUUUAGGUUCUUCCUCCUGCUUUGUCUCAGUUUCCCUAUUCAUAUAUACUUUAUUUGCGAUCUCCAUUAGCUGUGAUAUGGACAUCCCUACAAAUCCCUCUAACUUUUGCAAUUUUCUUUUAAUAUAACCUUGGGCCUGGCUGACAAAUGCUGAGUUGAUCAUUCGAGAAUUCUCAGGGGCCUCUGGAUUAAGAGGAGUAUAUAAUCUAUAUGACUCCAAUAAUCUUUCAUAAAAGGCACUAGGUGACUCAUCAACCUUUUGCAACACUUCAGCCCUCUUUGACAUAUUGAUUGCCUUCUUCCCUCCUGCCUUCAUGCCAGCAAUAAUGGCUUCCCGAUAAGCCCUUAAUUGGGGCAUGUCGGCAUCAUUCACAUUCCAAUUUGGGUCAACAUUUGGAUAAUGGGCUGCAGCCCAUGCAGCUGGAUUGGCCUGAUUUGGAGUACGGGCCGUUUCCUCAAGCGCUUUAAUAGUCGCUUGAUUAAUCCGGGUCCUUUCCUCACUAUUAAAUAAAGUUAAUAAUAAUGUCUGGCAAUUGGCCCCGGUGGGAUUGUGUGUUUGUAUAAUGGAGGUAACCAAAUCUGUCAUGACUUGAGGUUUGUAGGUAUACAAAGAGUUAUGAGUCUUCCAACUGAAAAGAUCAGUUGUGGUGAAGGGGACAUAGACAAACACAGGAUCUGCCCGUUGUGUUCGGCCAUUUUCGUCAAUGUGUGUUGGGCCCGUUGUAAGUUGGAGGGGCCUUUGGUAAUGUCGGGGUUGAAGAGUACCAGUUAUCUGUUGGGUUAAUAUAGGACUUCAGCAAGGUUGUUUUAAUAGUAAGUUCCGGUCUAGUGGUAAUAAGGUAAGGUGAAUGAGGCGGGUUAAUUUUACUGGGCGGAAGUUCAGUUAACACGAUGUUGCCGGCCGGGCUGGGAGGAGCCUGACCAGGAACCAGAAGUGACGUUAAAGGACCACUAUAGUGCCAGGAAAACAUACUCGUUUUCCUGGCACUAUAGUGCCCUGAAGGUGUCCCUAGAAAAAGAUGGUCUCUUUUUUCUAUGUUUAUUCCAUCGUUAAAAUAAAUGAAUAAAAACUGUGUUUGGAGUGUCAUACUUUUUGUGGGUGUCAUACAAUUUUUCGUGUAUUUGCUGUAUCUUGUUGUCUUAUUUGUAGUAAAUUAAAGGGUUUCUCCAGCCCUGUCUUUAUUAAGUUAUGUUUUACUUUAUAAUGUCCUAUUAGGCAUUUCUUGCUAGGUCAUCCCCUUAAAAGGUAAAAAAGGGCUUUUUAAAACUUCCUUGUCUUUAAUCGGUCCCGAAACCUGUGAUUGGACCAUUUUGCCAACUGAGUGAACACCCUUUAAGGAGAUGAGGGGGCUUAACAAAAAAAAACAUACUUGAAGUUCUAGGGAGUCUCUACCUAUAAGAGAGAAGCAAAUUGCAUCCAUUGGCACUGUGCAUUACGUGUGGACUACAGAUGUAAUUAUUGCACAAAAUUUACAUUUGGCAAUUCUGAGUUCCAGGCUUCCAAAUUAACCUGUGCCAGGGGUGCAACAAGCAGAAACCCUACACAUCUAGAUUCUUAACACCAUAAAUACUUCAAAUCACUGAAACGCUCAUGGUGGUUGAAGUAACCCUUUUAAAUAGAUAUGUACACUUGCGUUAGGUAGACUCCUGUGUAAUGUUUAAAAAAAAAAAAAUGGCAUUCUUUCUCAAGUAAAAGGGGAAUGGUCAUGUUCAAUAAUACUGGGCAGCUAGAUUGGCCCUGGCAUGUUUGAGACAUGAGAGAUUCUCAGUAUACUCGUGUGCCCUGUUUUUUUGCUUGACAUGAGAGAUUGGACUAACUCAAACUGGUACAACUGGUUCAGCUGGCACCAUUAAAGUGUGGUCUUCGGCUACCGCUCAAACUAAAAACUAUGGCAGGGCUGGCAUUUGUACCCCAGGUAUCUACCAUGAAGAGAUGCAGGACUGCAUGCUAUGUAUUCACCAGGAAUUGCCAUUUGUUGGAGAGAAGAGGUCACUGCACUUUAGUAGUGUCUCAUUGUCUUUGAGGCACAAACAGAUUUUGUAGAGGUGCCUAAAGCCAUUGAGAAACAAGAAUGCUAACCGUCUCAAAGCAUUUUUCUGGAAAGGGUACAAGAACAGAGAUGACUCUUUUUACUGUCCUUGGGUAUACGUGUUUUUUUUCACUCAACUCAACAGCUAUUUAUUUUGAUGAUAUUGGAAAAAGGUAAUUGACUAGCGUUUACUCAGACAAAAUUCUGUGAAAACCUUUUUUAUUUUCUAAAAGUGGAUAGCUUGACACUUCUUAGACAUACAGUAGAUACAGCCAGGAAAUAAAGCAUUCUGAUGAUCUUCAUGUGUGUUGCAGUUUUUUCUUCCUUAUGCUGGAGUGCGUGUUUGAUACAUGAGAGAUUGGACAAACUCAUAUUGGUACAACUGGAACUGGCUCUUGAUCAGCUGGCACCACUAACAUGAUCUGCAACUCAGACUUGAUGCUAUGGCAGGGCUGUUAAGGAGGCAAUUGCCCUUCUGAUCUUAACCAUAAAGAGAUGGAGGGCUGAAUGUUAUGUUAGUUACAGGAACUGUGUCAUGUUGGAGAGAAGUAGUCACCACCCAAGACACUCAUAGAUCAUAAACAGCAUUUUUUAUUUUCGUUAAAAUAAAGCUUUAGUAGUGUCUCAUUGUCUUUGAGGUGCAAACAUAUUUUGUAAAGGUGCCUGUAGUCGUCAAGAAACAUGAAGGUGUAGGCAGAUGUGAUGGUAUCUGUCAAUUGCUGGUUUCUGUGGAUAGCUGUUAAGACCUUACUCAUUAUGACUUCCUGUCUGAGACUGCUGCCACUCUUGUAAGUUAUGCAAAAGAUCAUCUAAGGCAGUUUAGGUCUAGGUUGCCCACUGGCUUCAUUGCUUUCCAUCUUCUGCCAUUGGAGUAGCCCACAGCUAGUGGUGGCUACCAGGUUUUUUAUUCGUGACUUUGAAAUAAAUUGCUUUAAAAGAGCACUCCAGGCACCAAAACAACGUCAUCUUGUGGACCAUAGAGUGCUGCUGGGCUGGGGUGCCUCUACACUCAUCCAAUAGUCUAAGAUCAGCACUUGCUGAAACUUUUGAAAAUGGUUUAACCCAUUGAGGUAAAAGUGAGCCCGGAGGCCUACUGGCACCCUAAUUGUGGCAUAGCUCCUGUACUCCGACCAAGUAUCUCUGCCCAAUCCGCUUCCCAGAUAUUUGGGAAGGGGCCUGGAAUGCUUCAGCCCCAGUCAUAGAAGCUUGACCUUUCACCCGACAAGACUCUUCUCACAGUCAGGUAUCGUCCCCUCUGCAUAUUCCGCUGCUGCCCUUCUUCCAGGCAGGUAUUGUCUCUGUUGCUUACUCCGUUGCAGCCCUUCUUCCAGGCAGAUAUUGUCACCUUUGCCUAUUCUGCUGCAGCCCUCUUUCUAGGCAGGUGGAUACCUCUGCCUCCAAUGUGAUUUCUAUUGCCUUUACAAAGGCACUUGUGGGUCUUAGGCCUAGCUCUCUUGAUUUAACCCAGGGAUCUAAAAAUGGUGCAUCCAGCCAACAGGUCUGAAGGCUUGGUUACUGGGAUCCUUAAAAAUCCACAGGACUCAAGGACACAUGUUGCAAAAGGAACACUUACAAAGCCAUAUUUUUACUUGAGACUAGCCUAUAUGCUAAUUACAUAAAGCUAACUAUGACACUCACCAAAUGAUGUGAAGAAACUUACAGGUACUCAUAACAACACAUUAAAAUAUUAAUAAAAGGGGUGAGGAAGACAACGAACAUGAAAUUUCUCUCCCACCUACAGCAACCAUAAUAUCCAAAUCUACCUGACGAUGCAAAUUAGAAAGCCUUGCUAUUCUGGUAGUGUAUAUUGCCGAUGCAUCCAAAAGGUGGCGCUAUACAGGCUCCACAGCCAAAUCCACCUACUUGGUCGCAAGCAUCAGCAGGACAGGAGAGCAGACAAAACAUCCAACAAUAAAACAACAAUACACACCCUGCACUUCUGAUGGACACAGGGUGACAUAGACCUAGGCAUAGUCCAGGGUCCUACAAAAAGUGUCCAUAUAAAAACCCCAGGUGGUGGUGACUAUCGUCACACUAAGGCACCAUAAUAACUUCAUUUAGGUUAAGUUGUUAUGGCGCCUAAACUGUCUCUUUAACUUUUAAUUCAAUGGUAUUCUUGCAGUUAGACUUAGACUAACACCUUAGGGUUUCCUUGGUUGUGGGAUCAGAGGUACACAUAACAUGGAUUGGGAGUUAUCAUUGAGAUUAAUAUAGUACAGCACUGCAAAGCUGGAACUCUGUUCUUUGCCAAUGUAUCAUUUAUAGGAUACGAAAUAUACCAUAUACGCAAGAUCAGGUUUCUUAAAUCUGUAUUGUAUGGCUGUUUUACUCUCCUGUGACCUGCCAUAUUACCUCCUCAUUAUACUGGGAAUGUUUUCAAAUAGCGCAUGCUAUUUCUCAAUGAGGCCCGUGGCCGUCUGGCUAUCCUCUCGGUGCUGAAGUAGUUGAAGGGAAGGUGUCUGGGAGGUAAUUUAGCCCAACUGCAAGUUUAAACCGUUGCCAAAUGCUUUAACCCUUUGAAUGUGAGAUGCUUGUGCCUGCCCUGUAACAUGUUAAAUGAGCUUAAGAUGUUAUGCUGGUUGGUGUGUUUCUUAAAAGGAACACCCCUAAUGUCAAAGUAUUUAUUUAAAAUUUAGCCCUCACCCAUUUUUGCAUUUAAAAAAAUGCACUCUCUUCUGCUAAAAUUUUUAGAGUACUAGAGUAUCUCUUUAAAUGGCUAUGUAAGGGAACCAUAACCCUGUUAACUUAGCUCUCUCAGCCUUUAAUUCUGCAUGGACAGUGUAAGGAAACCAAGUAUAUUUAAACCUUAUUCGGUAGUUUCCUCCCGAACCUCCAGAGCUUAGUGAAUAUAACUCUCUGUUCGGUAGAUCAGGUAGACGAAUCCAAUAGUAAUUCCCCUGUUUCCACAAGAAGAUUCCCUUAGUGAAACACAUGAAUCCCCAAACAUCAGCCGAAGUCAAGAAGAAGGGUACAAAAUGAACUGAGCUUUAAUGGGCACACACAGCUUUUAUGCAAGUCCCCAUGCAAGGGGACAGCCCUCAGGGAGGGACAAACAAUAACCAACCACAAACAGUAAAAUGUUAACACACACCUACAAUUCCCUCCCCUAGCCCAGGAGAUAAUUCAGUCUGAUAAAAUAGUAACUUAAUUAUCUCCGGGCUGAAAAAAUCACUUUUCCCCCCCAACUUCCAGAACACCCGUUUAUACUGGGGGUAUCCCCAUAAAUUAUCUGAUUACCUGAUCUGAGUGACUAACAUAUCCGAAUUUCACCCAGAUCGGUUCAGGGGUUCGCAAAUUUUAUGGAAGUUUUGUGUGACCGGCUCACCCUGGGCUGCAUGCCCAAAACAGUUCCAUGAAUUUGGUGGGUUUCGCCGGUCACUUUCGAAAAAGCAUCAAAACAAAUUAAAAUACCGAAUAGAUCCCUCUGGCUCCUAACAGCGUUCGUGCCCCUCUGUCUAAUGCACCAAAGUACCGAAUAGCGCUCUUCUAGCUAUUCGGUAAAUAGAGUUCCAGCGUUCGUCGGUCUGGGACUGAUGUUCGGGAAGUCGAGUGUCCGUAAAACAGUUCCAUGCACUCGAUGACCAGGUCCCGUUGCCUUUGUUCGCAUGAAAAAAGAUGGUCGCUGUUUUCUCUGCCACGUGGCGUUCGACUAACGAAGGCUGGCCGCACAGACAGAAGUAGCAAUUUCACUUAGUCUUUUGAUGUUUUAUGAGCCAGAGGUUGUUCUUUGUUCGGUAGUUCUAUCUACCGAAUGAAAUAAGCAGAAAUAGGGGUAAAAAGGGGAAUGGAAACAGUGACUAACAUAGAAACAGGGGGGUUUCUUCACAGACAGUAUCACACUUAUCUAGAUUGGUUAGACUAUAGGUGGCAUUUAAGACACAAAUGUGGGAUAGUAUAGAAUAAGAUCAACAUGACCAUUGUAUUAUAUUAAACCUAACAAAGUGCCAACCCCACCCUGCAGCUUCUUAUUUUAUAUUAGUACUUUGACACGUUUGAAUUACAUUCAGGUCAUAAUCAGAAAUGUCCAAACUUUCUCCCACCACUGUAUUGGCAGAGAGAAUGUGUAAAAAGGUGCACAUGAAUUAUGUUUGUGUGUCUAUUCUUGAUCUUUAAAAUUAUUUUAUAAGUUACUAAUGUUCUCUUUCUUCCCAUAGGACCUAGUGGAUUAUGCACCCGUGCUGCUUUUCCCAAUUUUGGAACCAAGUAUGAAACUAUAAAUAAACACAAUUUAGAAAAAUAUUUGAAAAUGAGCAAACCAAAGAACAGAGAAAUAAGAGCUAAAACACAAAAAUCUCCAUCAUGUAAAGAAGGAAAUCUUACAGACGUUUCUACACACACAGAACAUCCACAGACCGAGUAUCCAUCUACUAAUAUAAAGAUAGAACCAGCCUCGUGUGAAGAAGGAAGUCUCAUAGACAUUUCUACACACACAGAACAUCCACAGACCGAGUAUCCAUCUACUAAUAUAAAGAUAGAACCAGCCUCGUGUGAAGAAGGAAGUCUCAUAGACAUUUCUACACACACAGAACAUCCACAGACCGAGUAUCCAUCUACUAAUAUAAAGAUAGAACCAGCCUCGUGUGAAGAAGGAAGUCUCAUAGACAUUUCUACACCCACAGAACAUCCACAGACAGAAUAUCCAUCUAUUUAUAUUAAGGAGGAACCAGCCUCGUGUGAAGAAGGAAAUCUCAAAGACACUUACAUUUAUAUGCAUAACGAACAUCCAUCUACUGAUAUAAAGAUGGAAUCAGCUGUGUGUGAAGGAAAUGUGAGGGAUGGUGACACUGAAGGUUAUGUAAAUUCACAAGCAAUAAAUGCUUACAAGCCCAAAGCUGGACCUGACAAAAAUAUUACUAUUGUUCAGGAUGUACACAACACAGAGGCAAUAUCUAAAUGUUCGGAGUGUCCAAAAAUCUUUAACAGUAAUGCAGAGCUUGUUACACAUCUGUUAGUUCAUAAGGGGAAUCACAUUAUUUCUUCUGAAACUGGAAAAGCCUAUAUUCCUGAGUGUGACAUUACGUGUGAAUCAUUUCUCAGUGGAAGGAAUCUAUUUUCUUGUUCUGAAUGUGGGGAUAAUUUUACCCAUAUGUCACACCUUGUUACACAUAAAAGAAUUCACACAGGUAAACAUCCAUUCUUGUGUUCUGAAUGUGGAAAACAUUUUACUGUGAAGGCCAGUCUUAUUGCUCAUCAAAAGCUUCACACAGAAGGAAAACCAUUUAAAUGUACUGAAUGUGGGAAAUGUUUUACCAGAGCUACACAUCUUGCAUCACAUAAGUGGAUUCACACAGAAGACAAACCAUUUAAAUGCAAUGAAUGUGGGAAGGGUUUUACCCGGGCAAAAAUUCUUGCUUUACAUAGAAGGAUUCAUACAGGAGAAAAACCAUUUAAAUGCACUGACUGUGGGAAAUGUUUUACUCAGGCAUCAAGUCUAGCUUCCCAUAAAAGGAUUCAUACAGGAGAAAAACCAUUUAAAUGCGAUGAAUGUGGUAAAUACUUUACCCUAAAACAUGAUCUUAUUUCUCAUCAGAGGAUUCAUACAGGUGAGAAACCAUUUAAAUGCAAGGAAUGUGGGAAGUGUUUUACCCGGACUGCAAAUCUUGCUGCACAUAGGAGAAUUCACACAGGAGAAAAACCUUUCAAAUGCACUGAAUGUGGGAAGUGUUUUACUCAGGCUGGGCAGCUUGCCUCACAUAAAAGGAUUCACACAGGAGAAAAACCAUAUAAAUGUACUGAAUGUGGGAAAGGUUUUACCCAAGCCUCAAACCUCACUUUGCAUAGAACUAGUCACACGGGAGAAAAACCAUUUAAGUGCAAUGAAUGUGGGAAAUGUUUUACUCGAGCCACGAAUCUGUCUGCACAUCGAAGGAUUCACACAGGAGAAAAACCACCAAAAUGCAAUGAAUGUGGAAAAUGUUAUACUAGGGCCUCAAGUCUUGCUUCAAAUAAAUGGGUUCACACGGGAGGAAAUGCAUUUAAAUGCACAGAAUAA